AUUAUAUUAGUCGGUGUUUUGAUAGAAGAAACUGUUUUAUCGACCGAAAUGCACAUUGUCCUGAUUUUACUUUCUGAAUAAAACACGUGUUUCUGUGGUUUGAUGUUUAUUUCACUCAAUUUUUGGUAUAAAAUAUUUUAAAAAAUAAAUUGAAAAUAUUGAUAAAAUGGUCGCCAAAACUGAUUUAAAAAGAAAAUCACCAGAGAACGAAAUAUCGAAAAAAAAAAGGAAAAGAAUACGAAAAGAAAAUGCAAUAACAAAUGAUAUAAAUAAAAUAUCAAAAAAUGAGAAUUCUAAAAAAUAUAACGAAAAUUACGACGAAAAUGUCGAAACUUCAUUUUCAUUAUUGGAAGAUAAAAUUUCGGAAAAUACAUUAAAGGCAAUUGAUAAUAUGGGAUUUAAGUCAAUGGAAAAAAAACAAGAACAUUGCAUUUUAUCAAUUCUCCAAGGUGAAAAUCUUGUGGCAACAUUAAAAACAAAGUCAAUGUCAAAUUUAACUUUUCUAAUUCCUGCUGUUGAAUUAAUAAAUAACACAAGUGCAAAAUUGAGAAAAGGAACUGGAUGCAUUAUAGUAUCAUCAACACGCGAGUCAGCAUUACAAGUUUUUGGCACAUUAAAAGAAUUAUUACAAUUUCAUGAAUACAAAUGUUGUUUAUUAAUUGACGGCUCCGAUUAUAAAACUGAGGCAAAAAAAUUAUCAAGAGGCGUCAAUAUUAUUGUCACAACUGUUGAAAAAUUAUUUUAUCAUUUACAAAAUACUCCCGAUUUUGUGUACAAAAAUUUGCAAAUUCUCAUUCUUGAUGAAACUGAUCGUAUUUUAGAAACUGGAUGUGAAUAUACGUUAAAGCAAAUUAUUCAUAUUUUACCAGAAAAUAGACAAACUGCACUAUUUAUGAGGGAGAAAAUCAAUGUUGAUGAAUUGGUAAAUUUGACAAUGAAUAAAAAACCAAUUUACUUGGAUCAAGUGGAGAGGAGUGUAGAGAAAAUCGUUGAUGGCUUAGAGGAGGGAUAUAUUUUGGCGCCAAGUGAUAAACGUUUUCAUUUUCUCUUGAGUUUCCUUGAGAAAAAUAAAAAGAAAAAAGUGAUAGUUUUAUUUAGUUCUUGUUUGUCAACGAUACAUCAUCAUGAUCUCUUGACUUCUUUGGAUGUUCCAGUUUUUAGUAUUCAUAGCAAGCAGAAACAAUUGAAAAGAAUGGCAAUUUUUUCGAAAUUUUCCACUUCUUCGGGAAUUUUACUUUGUGCUGAAGCAACCGCCUCGGAAUUUGUUUUUCCAAAAGUCGAUUGGAUUUUACAAUACGAUCCACCGGAAAAUCCAAAGGAACAUAUUAAUCGACUUUCUGAAAUGAUCAAGGACUCGAAAGGAAAAUCAGUUUUAAUUUUAAGUCCCGAAGAAAUUGGUUUUCUUUUCUAUUUAAAAGAAGCUGGAGUUUCAACAUCAGAAUUUAAAAUUUCUUGGAAUAAGAUAAAAAAUAUUCAGCUCUCGUUAGAAAAGCUGAUGGCAGAAAAUUAUUUUCUCAAUUUAUCAGGAAAAGAAGCAUUCAAGGCUUUUGUCAAAUCAUACGACUCGCAUCAUCUUAAAGAAAUUUUUAACAUAGAAAAAUUAGAUUUAACCAAAGUGGCAAAAUCUUUUGGUUUUACUGUUCCACCAGCUGUCGAUUUAAGCAUUACUGAAUUUGAUAAAAGUGCAAGGCCAGAAAAACGUUUAGGCGGAGGUGGAUAUGGCUUUUUCAAAACUCUUAAUCGUACAAAUGAGAAAAAAGGAAAAAAAAUUUUCAAACAAGUUGGAAAACGGAAAAAAAAUUCCAAAGCUGAUAGUUAAGUUCAAUUUUAAUGAUAAAAAAAAAAUUAAAUUUUUCCCUAUUAAAUAAUUUUAAUUAAUGUUAAUUAAAAUAAGUAAAUUGAUAUCAAUUUUUUUAGAAUUUAGAAUUUGAAAUUUAUUUUCAUGACCUUAG